AUGUCAGACUCCGCGCCAAAUGUUGAGCUGCAUACUUCCAAUGAUGUUCUUGAAAAUUCUAUCGGCCCAGCCUAUGCGGUGAGCACUCAAACAAUUACUGGUCCUGAACCGAAAGCAAAAUCGAACCAACGGCAACCGAAGUCUACGAAGGAGUGUUUCACGGCAAAGCCGGGAGAGUCCGCAGUAAUAUCAAUCAUCAAAAGCCGCCGGGACAAGCGCAAGGAAAAACAAGGCCGCCGAAGGAGGAAUCGAGCGCAGCAACGCGAGGAUUACAUCGAACGGCUCGUUGCACAGCACACACACGACGAGAUCAGAAUCCUGCACCUCAAGCAGCAAAUCAAUUCACGCUGGCGCCAGGAUGCGGAGUUCUUGGCCCACAAGCUGCAUUCGCGCGCACGGAGUGUCUGA